CUCUGGCCUGCGCGACGCCUCCUCGGGGCAUAGAGCUCGCGAGUGCGCCUGCGCGGAGUGUCGUUUUCUUCGUCGUCGACGUCGCCGCCGCUAGAGAAGGAGGCAAAGGAGAGUCGGAGGGCCGCGGCGGAAAGCUCCGCUCUCGGGCUUCGUGCCGAAAGCAGCGAUGCAUCAUUGUAAACGCUACCGCUCCCCGGAGCAGGAGCCCUACACGAGCCACAGAUGGAAGAAGAGGCGGUCUCGCAGCAGAGAGCAUCAUGAAGGAAGAGCACGGUAUCCAGCCCGGCGGGACCUUUCGAGGAGAUCACGUUCUAGAAGCCAGGACAGAAUGGCCUACCAGAGGAGAUACAGAGACAGAGCAGACAGUGAUGUCUACAGGUUUGAAGAGCGAAGUUCAUCUUUUGGAGAGGACUAUUACUCUACACGUCGCUCACGUCACCACCGGAGAUCUCGGGACAGAGAACGUCACCGGACACGGAAGCACCAGCACCGCUGCCGGAAACGCAGGACCAGGUCUUGUAGCAGUACCUCCUCGAGAAGCCAACAGAGCAAUAAGCGCAGCAGGAGCGUGGAAGAUGACAAGGAAGGUCACCUGGUGUGCAGGAUCGGCGAUUGGCUCCAAGAGCGAUAUGAAAUUGUUGGGAGCCUGGGGGAAGGGACCUUUGGCAAAGUCGUGGAGUGCGUGGACCAUGCCAGAGCCAAGUCUCUGGUAGCUUUGAAAAUUAUUCGAAAUGUGGGCAAGUAUCGUGAGGCUGCCCGGCUAGAAAUCAAUGUCCUAAAGAAAAUUAAAGAAAAAGACAAGGAAAACAAACACUUGUGUGUGCUGAUGUCGGAUUGGUUCAACUUCCAUGGCCACAUGUGCAUUGCGUUUGAACUCCUGGGCAAGAACACCUUUGAAUUCCUGAAGGAGAACAACUUCCUCCCCUACCCCCUUCCUCAGAUCCGGCACAUGGCCUUCCAGCUCUGCCACGCUUUGAAAUUUCUACAUGACAACCAGCUGACUCACACUGACCUCAAACCUGAAAACAUCUUGUUUGUAAAUUCAGAAUAUGAUACUUUGUUCAAUGAGAAAAAGGCCACUGAAUGGAGCUGGGGUCUGUUGCAGAGCUGUGAGGAGAAGGCCAUCAGGAACACAAGCAUCCGGGUUGCCGAUUUUGGGAGUGCCACAUUCGACCAUGAGCAUCACACCACCAUUGUAGCCACGCGGCAUUACCGCCCGCCAGAGGUGAUCUUAGAGCUGGGCUGGGCGCAGCCAUGUGACGUCUGGAGCAUCGGUUGCAUCCUCUUUGAGUAUUACCGUGGGUUCACGCUCUUUCAGACUCAUGAAAACAGAGAGCAUCUUGUGAUGAUGGAGAAAAUCCUCGGCCCAAUCCCACAACAAAUGGUCCGCAAAACACGGAAGCAGAAGUAUUUUCACAAGGGAAGCCUGGUGUGGGAUGAGAACACAUCUGAUGGCAGAUAUGUCCAAGAGAACUGUAAACCACUACAGAUGUACAUGCUGCAGGAUUCCUCCGAGCACCUACAACUGUUCAAUCUGAUGAGGCAAAUGUUAGCGUUUGAUCCCUCCCAGCGGAUCACGUUCGCUGAAGCUCUGCUACACCCGUUCUUCACGGGCUUAUCUCCAGAGGAAAGGCGGAUCAGUUGCCGAGAUUCCAGCCGGGACCUGAGCAGAUGACAAUGAGCGAUGGUGGAGACACCUGUUGGGAUAUAUGUACAUACUCUGAGAUGGGCCUGACCUUGGUUAUGGAGACUCAGCGCAGUGUUCUAAGGUGUUGGUGCAAUGUCAAAUGGACCCUGGGCGUGUGGAGCGGGGAGGAGACAUCAAUCCAAAAGCACAGAUUUGUCUCAUAUAUUUAUAUGUUGUAAAGUUAAAAUAAAGUGUUUCAUAUUGUUUGAUAA